AUUGAGCCGCAGAAAUUGGUUGCAGUCUUCUAGUCAUCAUUAAUCAGGAGUUUGGUCAAGUGCCAGUGUUUACCUGUCGACCUCGCAUUCUGAUGAUAUCAAUCAAGCUGUCGACGUUUAUGGGGUAACAAGAAAUUGAUAUUUUUGUUCAACGCCUGUAUGUUUGCGGGAUAAUACAAACCAUCCAUCAUGAAUCUGUGACAUCACCUCCGAUAUCACUGUUCUUAAACACUGGUAAAUUAAGACACAUUUCAUUCGUCUGAGAUGGAUGAGCUCGUUGUAUUGUCUGCAGGUUUCUUCUUUAGGACUUUAUGUGGCGAGUUUUGUCAGUAAAUGUAAGAUGCAAACAUUGUAACGGGUAAUGGCAGUUGAAGUUGCCGUUUGUUGUACAACACACCACGCUUACUCACACUUAGAGCUCUGUGUACUACCCACAGAUGGAAUGUUCUCUUCACAAAUCAAUGCUAGGCCAACUUCCUGGUCCUGGUCCCGUUACUGUUCGUUUUAAUGCAAGCCACUAAUCCUGAUACCCUCCACAUCAGACUUGAGAGACAAGGCUCCCCAUAUAUUUCGUUCUAAGCUACCUGUAUUUAUAUCCUCUCCAUCAUAUCUGAUGUCUAUGACUCCUAUGGGAUCAUGCCCCCUCGGCGGGGAUUGGUGGACAUGUCUAGAUCAGUCGCCGACAUUUUUCGGGUGUUGCGCCAGUAAUCCAUGUAAUGGAAUUGGUUGCCCUGAAGAAGACCUCUUAGCUGCAGGAAUGGGAACAGCGGGUGGUCCGGAUGCUUCUAGCAACGAUGGAUCGUACUGGCCAAAUGCGGGUUGCCCCAGCGGAGGAGUCUGGUAUACUUGCUCCAGACAGACUCCGUCAUUUCAAGGUUGCUGUGAUGAUAGCCAUGAACCUGGUUCGACCGAGAAAUUUGAUCCAUGUCAUGAGAACGGUUGUCCAUCAUGGAGGCUCUACGCUGCAGCAUUCAAUAGCGUUCCAGCUACAUUUGCCUCUGUAAUUUCCUCUAAGUCUUCAUCUGUCCGCACUUCAUCAUUACCUAUUUCGACACUUUUGACUUUAUCGUCCUCGACUUCAUCAUCUUCGGCACUAUCUUCGAUUUCUGCAUCUCAUUCAAUUUCUUUCCCUUCGACUACCUUAUCUUCUGUAACAAAUUCUGCUGCUUACUCUACUUCGACUCAAGCUCCGUCAUCUCAAGAAUCGGUUACAGCGAGUGCGACAGUGAAUUCAACUGGGCACAAUUCAAACUCAAAAUUACCAAUUACUGCAAUUAUAGGGAGUGCUUUAGGGGGAGUGGUUGUUAUCAUACUUGUUCUCUUAGUUAUCUUUUGUGUCCAACGACGGAAAAAGAGAUCUCCAUUGGCAGGCGCAGUCGAGCCAUAUUAUCAACCGCCACCUCAAGAUAUGUCCGUGGUUAAAGUAACUUCAUCACCUUUCGUAUAUGAAGAUAGCCCUUCAGACGCUAAAGCGUCGCAGAAAGAUUAUCGCCCAGUAUCAGAGAUACCAUCAUCUCCGCCUCUUAGUCCUGCUCCACCAUAUCAAUCGGCGCCUCAAUCUCCAGACUUUUCUAAUUACCAUGAGAUCGACUCUUCCAUUUUACAUGAAGUCGAAUCCCCACCUCUUCAACAAAGAUCAUUUUUUUCUCGACCAGGGACAGUAGAACUGCCAGAUACAUCUGAGGAUCCUUUCCGAUCAUCAUUACCGGAAGUUUUGAAGUCGGGGUCUUCCAGAAAUUGA